CAUUUUUUUCUUCCCGUGUGUGCGCCCUCUUCUUCAUCGUCGAUUUCAAUCUCCACUGCUCCAUCUUCAACCCUAACCCUAAUUUUCCUCUCCGAUCACUGAGCUCAGCCAUGGUUUGCAUACGCAAAGCAACCAUAAACGACCUUCUAGCCAUGCAGGCCUGCAACCUCUUUUGCCUCCCGGAGAAUUAUCAGAUGAAAUACUACUUCUACCAUAUUCUUUCCUGGCCUCAACUACUUUACGUCGCUGAAGAUUACAACGGCCAGAUCGUCGGCUACGUUUUGGCUAAAAUGGAAGAAGAAAGCAACGAAUGUCAUGGCCAUAUUACCUCCCUUGCUGUGCUUCGUACUCAUAGGAAGCUCGGUUUAGCUACUAAGCUCAUGAACGCGGCUCAAAAUGCCAUGGAACAGGUUUAUGGAGCGGAAUAUGUCUCCCUUCAUGUGAGGAAAAGUAACAGGGCUGCUUUCAAGUUAUAUACCGAGACUUUAGGAUAUAAGAUCCAUGAUAUUGAGGCGAAGUAUUACGCCGAUGGUGAAGAUGCUUAUGAUAUGAGGAAGCAGCUUAAAGGGAAGCAAAUUCAUGGCGCUGGACAUCACCAUCACCACCAUCAUCACCAUCACCACCAUCACCACCACGGCCACGGCCACGGGCAUCAGCAUGGUGGUGGGUGUUGUUCUGGUGGUGAUUCCGGGAGUGUUGCUGAGGCAAAAGCAGAGUCAAAGGGCAAUGCUUCAAAAUUGGAUUCCUCAAAGGUUAAUGAGAAAGCUGGAUGAGGUGGGGGCUAAUUUUUUUUUUCACUGGAUAAAUCGUAUGUGGCUUGAAUUUAUAAAUUCUGCAUUGUGGAUAUUCAGUACUUGUUUGUUUACAUACUUAUCCGAUGCAGUUGUUGAUUAAUACACUUGCUGAGAAACUACUUAUAUCCGAUUCAGUUGUUGCUUAAUUGGCUUCUAUUGUUCUUUUAGAAUGUAUUGUGUUUGCCAUCUUGAUUA